UCACUUCACACACACACAUCUCACAGCUUUACUAAUCUAACCAUGUUCGAUCCUUUCACCAACUGCUUCACUUUCCUCCUCCAUCACAACUCCGUCACCAGGCCAAAACAAAGAACGCCUAACAGAUCGUUGUUCUCUUCCAACUCUUUCAGGGACGACGGCGACGGCGAAGCCAUAACCGUGUCUCACCAGUUCAAGCAAGUUUUCAAGCUCAUAGACGCUAACGGCGACGGCAAAAUAUCAGCCUCCGAGCUCAGCGACGUCAUCAUAUGCCUCGAGAGCAAGAAGACGAAGGGAUUGGCUGCGAAAGAAGCUGAGGGGAUAGUGAGAGUGUUGGAUUUCAACGGAGAUGGGUUCGUGGACUUGGACGACUUUAUGAUGGUGGUGAUGAGGGAAGAGGAGGAGGAGGAAGAAGAAGAAGAAGAAGAAGAAGACGAAGACGAAGAUGAAGAAAGAGAUCUGAAGGACGCGUUUCUGAUAUAUGACAGUGAUCGGAACGGUCUGAUAUCGGCGAAGGAACUGAGGAGAGUGAUGGUGAAUCUGGGGUGGAGGGAUUGCAGCAUCAGGGACUGCAAGAACAUGAUCCGAGCGGUUGAUCAGAACGGAGAUGGAUUUGUGGAUUUUCAUGAGUUUCGAUCAAUGAUGAAGUCUAAUUCUGUUAUUGGACUUCCCAAUCACUGAAACCUGAAAAAAGCUUCUUUUGAUCUGUGAGUUUUUGGUCUCCCUUUUCUCUUCAUGUUUCUGUUAAUUUGGAGUGGCGAUCCAUAAAGUGGUAGGAUUCUCAAAUUGGAAGGGAGAAGAAAGAGAGCAUAUAUGUACUAUAGUUUCUCUUUUUGCUAAAUGUUUUCCCCUUUUGAUGAUGCUUUUGGUGAAAGAUACUCCUCCUCGUAUAACUAUAGGAACCUGUGUAAAGAUAUUUUGUUUUCUGCAGUAGAUAAUUUACCUUUUUUUUAUUUGUAA